CCCAGAGGCGGUGCGUGUGCGCGUGUGUGUGUUUCCUCGUAACGACAGCAGAACUGGCUCUGGAGUGUGGACCAGCUUCCAGAUAAGAAAACGCGCUAAAGUAGAUUUAUAUAUAUUUUUGCCCAUUCUGCAAUGUUCGCAACGCUCUCCAUGCACCGUCUGCUGUGAAUCCGUCAAAGUUUUGGUUUCCACCGACGUCGGCUCCAGAAACGAAAGCAGCUAAUUGAUGCGUCUCAGUCUGGCUGCGGCUUCCUGUUUGCUUUGACCCGAGUAGCUAAAAGGGGAUCCUGCUCGAGGAUUAGCGGUCUGUCAAUGAGGAACUACCGGCUCAUCUUCUGCCACAACCUGAAGCAGCCAUAGAUGGUUCAGUGAUUCACUGGCCAGGGGAGAAGAGGAAAGGACGCACUUUCACUGCUACACGACGUGAGGUCUUGCCAGGGUUGUGGUGAGGAGGAGGAGGAGGCCGAGUAGGAGGCCAUGAGGAAGAGCGUGUCUUUGUUGCCAGGCAACGAGGGCGAGGGCUCAGCCAGCACCGCGCGUGUUUUUGGCGUUCCUUUGGAGGAAGUGACUCGAAUGCACACAGUCAGCGGCCAUGAGGUUCCUGCUCUGGUGAAACAUAUUGUGGACUACAUCGUGGAGCACGGGCAUCUGGACUUACAAGGGCUCUUCCUGGUUAAUGGCAAUGCAGAGCGAGUGGACUGGCUGCGUCGGCGCUAUGACAGCGGAGAGGAGGUGGAGCUGGAGAAGGAAGCUGAUCUGGCGUCAGCGGUCAGCUUGCUGAGACUCUUUCUGCAGGAGCUCCCCGAGCCGGUCAUCCCCACGGCCCUACAAGGACACAUCCUCCAGCUGCACCAAGAUUAUAGAAGCAAAGAAGAGCUGUUCAGCAACCUGAAGAACCUGCUGCAGCAGCUUCCCCAGUUGAACUACUGUCUGCUGCGCUUCCUCUGCCGCUUCCUGAGCAGUGUGGCGUCAUUGCAGCAGGAGAGCUGGAACAUCGGGGCAUUAGCUGCUGUCUUCGGACCUGACAUCUUCCAUCUGUCAACUGAAGGAGAUGAUCUUCGGGAUCAGGAGUCUGUCAGCAGAGUGUUGGCCGAGCUGUUGGACAAUCAGGAGGGUCUGUUUGACUCUGAUGAUGAGGACAUCUCCUCCACCAAUGACUACAGCUCCCUCAAUGAACCGAUAACAGAGCUGUUGGAUGAUGAUAAGUGUGAGGCGGAAUGUGAAGAGUUGCCUCAGGACAGCGAGGAAGGACCUACAGUCUCCGACUUCCAUCAAAACGCUGAUGACAGCCCUGCUGCCAGCUCCCACCUCUCCUCCAUCUCCAUUCUGCCCGCUGACUCAACCGACAUCAUUCAAAGAAGCAUCAGAGCAGCGGUGGAGCAUCACCUCUUAGAGCUGAAAAGCUCCAUCAACCACGACCUCAGCAGCUACAACAGCCAGGGCUUGAGUCCUACUGAGCCAGAAGACGAGGACCACCAUGGAAAUGAAGAGCACCAAACUGACCCAGAGGACAGGCUCUGUAGCCCAGAAAAGGAUGUCCAACAGCCAGAGCGGCACCAGCAACCGAUCAACACACAGGCGGUAGAUGAUUGUCGUUUCCCGUUCCAGGAUCCUCUGGGUUCUGUCACCUCCAUGGAAGAGGGCUCAGGAAUGGACAUCGACACAAAGGCUGCCGGAGAUGCUGACAGCAACCUCAACACUGCCAGUCAGGAUCAUCGGCUAUUUGAGAGCAUGGAGCAGACCAUCACAGAGAUCAGUGACUCUGAUGUGUCCCGCUGCGACCAGAAUGCCAACACCAGCGAGACCAACAGGAACCAGCCGUCGUCAUGCCAACAGAAGUCUGGCCAGGACUCUCACCUGCAGCUUUUUCCUGACAACCAGUGGGAGGCAGCAUCACCCCCAUCCCAUCUCCACCUUCCUCCCAUCGACUUCUCAUGUAUGCACCUGCAGAAGGAGGGUCAGGACCCGGUUCCAGCGUUCAAAUCAUGGCAGGACGACAGUGAAAGUGGAGAAGCGCAGCUCUCCCCGUUGGCUGGCCGCAUAGUUCCUCUCCCCCUGCUGCGCCUGGAGGACGACGGCGAGGAAGAAGAGGGGGAAGGAGUUCAAGAUGACUCCCUUUCUUCUUCUCGCACCCACCCUCACAUCCCAGCGCGGCGCUUCCUGGACUUUGGAGCCCACAGCACCCAUCGUUUCCUCCAGGACUCGGACGCCACCUCACCCACCAAAGCGCCGAGGCAGAGGCGUGCGUCGUUUGGCUCUAGAGACGUGGUGAGAGGAGAUUCUGUGACCCAUCAGCUCACAAAGAAGCUCCAGCAUCUGAAGAAGAAAAUCAAGCAGUUUGAAGAGCAGUUUGAGAAGGAGAGGAACUACAAGCCCUCUCAUGCGGAAAAGGCAGCUAACCCCAAAGUCCUCAAAUGGAUGACGGACCUCACCAAGAUCCGCAGACAGAUUAAAGGACGCCAGCACCACCUUUUACCCAGAAGCACGCUGAGGCACCAGGCUUUGCUCCAUUCACACAGACGCCACCAUGCUUCCUCCCCUUCCUCCUCCUCCUCCUCGUCCUCUAUCUGCUCACCUCCUUGUCACACUCUCACCCCCCUGCUCCACCCCUGCUCAGGCCACAGCUGUAGACCAUUUGACCUCACGGAGUACCGCCCCCCUAAUGCCAAACACUGUGCUGAGAGUGAGCUCGGCCCACAAACUCGCCCCCGUAGCAACACCCUGCCCAAGAGCUUCGGCUCCACUCUGGAUCAAGGCCUCAGCGACACAGCAAUGGAGGUCAGAGGCCCCCACCCCACCAGGGAGGAAACGCUGGACCUCAUCCAGAGGAGGGUCAAGGGCAAAAGGCAGGAGGACGGCUGGCCAGACGACAUCAAGAAAAUGACCAAAGAACAACUGUCCUGCGAGAAGGUGGUCCUACAGAAAAACCUGCUGCACUACGAAGGCCUGCAUGGUCGACCUGUAACCAAGGAGGAGCGUCUGGUGGUGAAGCCGCUGUACGAGCGCUACCGACUGGUCAAACAGAUGCUCACCAGAGUCAGCAUCACACCCGCCACCGUGUCGCCCUCCAGUAAGAGGCGGACUCAAACCCUGCAGCCCAUCAUCGAGGGCGAAACUGCUCAUUUCUGGGAGGAGUUCAAGGAAGAGGAGGAGGAGGAGCGAAAGGUUGUGGAGGAGGAAGAGAGGGACAAGGACGAUGAAGAGGAGGAAGAAGGCGAGAGCAGCGGUGGAGAGAUGCAAAGCCCCGAUGUCAUCAUGACCUUCGACAGCGGGACUCCCACUGAUGUGUCCGGAAGGAGCCAGAGCCCCCAUGACGGACAGGGCCACUGUCCAAUGACGGACAAGAUGGAGGAGGGAUCGGGGAGGCUGGCUCUGGACCUGCGGCUGUCCAGCUCCAACGCUUCGUCCAUGCCAGAGCUGCUGGAACAGCUGUGGAAGGCUAGAGCAGAAAAGAAGAAACUAAGGAAGACCAUCCGGGAGUUUGAGGAAGAUUUUUAUCAACACAACGGACGAAACGUCCAGAAGGAGGACCGGGUGCCCAUGCUGGAGGAGUACAGGGAGUACAAGAGAAUCAAAGCCAAGCUCCGCCUCCUGGAAGUCCUCAUCAGCAAACAGGAUUCUUCCAAAUCCAUCUGAACCCCUCCCCCCCUCCAGACAACCGCUAUCGCCGCACAUUUUAGCCGCUGUCACCGCAGAGGCCACGCCCCCACCUCCUCCAGCGGCAGCCUUCACCUCUGCUGUCUGGGAAUCAGACAUGACUGAACAACAAGAGGAAAACUGAGACCACCAAGUCCUGAGCAUCCCUGCAUAUCACCGCCGUCAUGGCGACACACGGCUGACCCUCAUCAGCAGACUGUUUGCACUCGUCUGGAUUGUUUUAUUUGAGACUUUGGAUGUGAGGAACUUUUCGAGUUUCUGGACAGCGGAGGACUGGCAUUUUAGACCCUCUGGAGAACGCCGCGUUCGCCGCUUCACCUUUUAAACCUCCGACUGUGGACUCUUGUUUUAUCCGGAUUUCUAAAUGACACGACGGACUGAUGCCGGCGUUCUUCCCCACGUACUGCGUUUGUUUUUCUACCGAUCCUUCCUUCCAAACGACAGCUGAACGCCGUUGUCCACGGAUGCUCACGCUUGUGUUACUAUGAGGACACGCUAAAGGGCGGAGCCUCCGUCUUUUUCUUUCUCUCUGAAUCCAGCAGCUCGUUGACUGCCGUGUCAAAAAGGUGGAAAGCAUCUGCCGUCGCCCGGCUCGGAUCCGGAGAAGUGGGAUUUCCUGCUGGCAGGUGGAGCGAGAAGCGACGGCGCCGACGAGCUCGUCUUCCUGUUCCCUCCUCGGCGAAGGGCGUGGGCGGAGCCAUGCGGUCCGGAGAAACUUUGGGGCUGUUUGUUGGGACUCUGAUGUAUAAAGAUGUUAUUUGCACAGCAUUCACAGAAUGCAGCCCCCCCCAUGUCCCCCCUCCCCCAGUUUUUGCAUUUGGAAAAAUGAAGCACUACUUGUAAAUCUAAACACUGAACACCAACGACGGAAAAAACUCAAAAACAGUGAAUGUCAAAUACGUUUAAGUUAUUUCAAAGCUGACCCCUUUUUGGUUUUUGUGACCCUCCCCCCCUGACCUUUAACCCCUCCCAGCUUCUCCUUUGUGUGUACUCGCCCUCUGUUAACCAGCUGUAGAUGUUAGUCCGGCCCCCACCCCCCGGCGCCGCCGUCGGCACAUGAAGCUGCGGCGCCCGGGGGGGGCCGGCCUUCGGUCGCUCUGUGUAAAAUAAGCUAAACUAGAAGCAGUACUGUAGUGAGCUUGCAUGGCAGCAGAGAACAUAAUCGUACGACAAAAGAAAAUGAAAAACAAAAAACACCAACAACACAUGUAUUGUUUUCACUGUUUGUGCCAUGAAGAAGCAGCAAUAAUAAAAGUUUGCGUUGGAUGUUUUAACCCAUGUUGGGCGUGGACGACGGUGUGUCGACUCCUGUGCUUUUUUCUGUCUUCAGACAAAAUCUUUUUCAUUAAUGAACAAAAUAUGAAUCACGGAGGAUGAUGGGGAAUAACAGCUUCACUGACAUUCCAGAUUGAUCCAAAAACGUCAUUUCUGAAGGGCUUUUUCUGCAACUCUCACCUGUUUUUUUCCAGCUUCUAUCAAAAGUGUUUUUUUUAGGUUGCCGUGGAAAGAAACUCGCCGUCCGUCCGCAGCAGAAAUCCUUCAUGUUUGUGGCUUUUUUUUUGUUUAGUAGUGACAAUAAAUGUGUGUCUUUGGACAGAAUCGGA